AUGACAGACUUUGCCAAGUCCAUUCUCGGCUUGGGCUUCAAGAGAGACGCUUCGCCAGAAGAACACUCCAACUCGCCACUGCCGGCACCGCUGCAAGAAAACCCCAAGAAGUUUUUGCCCAAAAACCUAGCCGCUCAUCCGACCACUGCAGUGCUGAGCCAACAGUUGGCCUACGGAACCACAACAACAUCUGAAAACCAGCCAUCGGCACACCAACGAGCUCAGGGUUCGUUUGCCCACGAUUUGCAUCCCUCCGUGCUGAACACGGACCCCUCCUCACAGCGCGUGGCUUCUCCUGCUGUCCAGAGCAUCAAGGAGCAGAGCCAGGCUGACUCCAACAUGGAGACAUCUCCUUCACCACCAGACCUGUCACAACCGGUCAUCAUCACCACCGACGAAAAGGGCCAGCUCCAGCAGGCCCAGACCUCGCUGCAGCCCAAGGGUAAGUUGAAGGUCACCAUUGUUGGCGCCAAGGACUUGUUGAUUUCCGAGUACUCCCAGCCGUACGUGGUGCUGACAUACGAGUGCUCGGAAUUCGUCAACAACCUGACCCCAUCCAAGCUGCCCAUGCUUGCUCCUCAUCAGAACCGCUUAUCUCCAGGCAUGCCCAUGAAGCAGCCUCGUGACAAGAGACCAGCUUUGUACCAGCGCCAGCUGUCCACGCAACAGUUCCAGCUCUCACAGGGCCUGGCCACCCAGGUGUGGAACCACGAGGCAGUGUUUGACGUGGUGGGCUCCAACUCGGAAUUGGACAUCUCCGUCUACGAUGCCGCCAAAGACGACGCUUUCUUGGGCCAGGUGCGUAUUGUGCCAAACACAGACACCCCAAGCGCCAACAAGACCCAGGAGCCCCGCUGGGAGCCAUUGCGUGCACGUGUGGUCGGUGAAAGAGUCACCGGCUCAUUACAAAUCAAGUGGCAGUACACCAGAUUCGAUUCCAAGAAGCUGUAUGGCCCUGACGACUUUGAGGUGCUUCGACUCUUGGGUAAAGGUACUUUUGGCCAGGUCUACCAGGUCAAGAACAAGGACAAUGGGCGUAUCUACGCCAUGAAGAUCUUGUCAAAGAAGCUCAUUGUCAAGAAGAAAGAAAUCGCUCAUACGAUUGGGGAGAGAAACAUCCUUGUUCGUACCUCUGCUGCUGCCUCGCCAUUCAUCGUUGGUCUCAAGUUCUCUUUCCAGACCCCUACGGACUUAUACCUCGUCACCGAUUACAUGUCGGGAGGCGAGUUAUUUUGGCAUCUCCAGAAAGAGGGCCGCUUCAACGAGGAUAGAGCGAAGUUUUACAUUGCUGAGUUGGUUCUUGCCUUGGAACACUUGCAUGACAAUGACAUUGUUUACCGAGACUUGAAGCCAGAGAACAUCUUGUUGGAUGCCAAGGGCCACAUUGCUUUGUGUGACUUUGGCUUGUCCAAGGCCAACUUGAACAAUGACGGUACUACAAACACCUUCUGUGGUACUACCGAAUACUUAGCACCUGAGGUGCUUUUGGACGAGAGUGGAUACACCAAGAUGGUGGAUUUCUGGUCGUUGGGUGUGCUUAUUUUCGAGAUGUGCUGUGGCUGGUCUCCAUUCUACGCCGAUAACACUCAACAGAUGUACAAGAACAUUGCGUUUGGCAAAGUGCGUUUCCCCAAGGAGGUUUUGUCUCCAGAGGGUAGAUCGUUUGUCAAGGGCUUGUUGAACAGAAACCCACGUCAUAGACUUGGUGCAAUAAAAGACGCUAGAGAGUUGAAAGAGCAUCCAUUUUUCCAGGACGUUGAUUGGAACUUGUUGAAGGCUAAAGACAUUCCUCCUCCAUUCAAGCCCCACCUUUCUUCAGAAACCGACACGUCCAACUUCGACCCCGAGUUCACUAACGAGUCUACCUCCGUGCUCAAGAAACACAUGGAUAUGGCCUCCACGCCUCUUUCACCAGGUAUCCAGGCAAACUUCCAAGGUUUCACAUAUGUGGACGACUCGGCCAUGGACGACCACUUCAGCAAAUCGCAUAGAUAUCAAGCAUUCAAACAUUCUGGCUCUUUCAUUCCAGGCAACUCCAACCUUCCACCAGAUGACGAGGUCAUUGACGACCAGAUUGACGAGGAAGAUGAGAUGGAGAUCGACAACGACGCCAACAUGGAGAGCGAGGAAUUUGUCCAUGGCCGCUUCGACCUUUGA